AAAAAGGACCAAACUCGCAGAACCUUUGAUGUAGCAACUGCUUCGUUUCUUUUUUUUUUUUUCUCGGGUUUUCUUGAGAGGUUGGGUUUGGAACGGUUUAGAGUUUUGGGCUAGGGUUUGGGUUCAGUGGUGGAAGAAGAGUAGGAGAGUGGUGAUGGCACCGGUGCCUGUAAGGUUCCCCGGGGUCGACGAGAAGUUGCAGAAGAUUUUGGAGGCUAAUAUGGACGAAGCGCCAGCCAGAAGGCUUGCUCGCGACUCUUUCAAGGAUAUUCAGCUUGGGAUUGACCACAUAUUGUUCAAGACACCAUGUGAUGGACUAGAAGUAAAGGAGUCAUAUGAAGUGAACUCUAGAGGAGUUGAAAUUUUUUCGAAAAGUUGGCUUCCAGUCACCUCUCCCCUCAAAGCAUUGGUGUGCUUUUGUCAUGGUUAUGGAGAUACUUGUACAUUUUUCUGUGAAGGAAUUGCAAGGAAGUUGGCGUCAUCUGGAUUUGGCGUUCUUGCAAUGGAUUAUCCUGGAUUUGGCCUUUCAGAAGGUCUCCACUGCUAUAUUCCAAGCUUUGACAGGCUUGUUGAUGAUGUUAUUGAGCAUUACUCAAAAGUCAAAGAGAACCCUGAGUUUCGUACUCUCCCAAGCUUCCUUUUUGGUCAAUCUCUGGGUGGAGCAGUAGCUCUGAAGGUGCACCUGAAACAACCUAAUGCAUGGGAUGGCGCUAUUCUUGUUGCGCCUAUGUGCAAAAUCGCAGAUAACAUGGUCCCACCAUGGUUACUCACGCAAAUUCUGAUUGGGGUAGCUAAAUUUCUUCCAAAACGGAAGCUAGUUCCUCAAAAAGACUUGGCUGAGGCAGCAUUUAGAGACCUGAAAAAAAGAGAGCUGACAGCUUAUAAUGUCAUUGCUUACAAGGAUAAACCACGCUUGGGGACUGCUUUGGAGAUGCUUAGAACCACUCAAGAGAUAGAACGGCGACUGCAAGAAGUCUCUCUGCCGUUGUUGAUCUUGCAUGGGGAGGCUGAUAUUGUAACCGAUCCAUCCGUGAGCAAGGCCUUGCAUGAGAUAGCAAGCAGUUCGGACAAGAAGCUUAAUCUUUACAAGGAUGCUUACCAUUCUCUUCUCGAGGGUGAGCCUGAUGAAAUCAUAAUUCAAGUUUUCAAUGAUAUAAUUUCUUGGCUUGAUGAGCACAGCGUUAAAAGUACUUCCCACUGAACAAUCUGUCUCCCUCUUUGUCUCAGUUGUAUUUAUUUUUUAUCUAAAGAAGCUUUGAUUGUCUUUGAAUAAAAAUGCUGCUGUUGCACGCUAGUCGAUAAAUUUAUAGCAAAUAAGUGCUACAGAGUCUUCUA